AUGGAAACCAGCACGCUGAGUCCGAUCGCGAUGAUUAAAAUCGUAGUAAUCUUGGUCAUUGUGCGUUCUGCCAACGAGUCUGCCAGAAUGUCGAAAAAGUCCAAAAACACUUUGCAUCUGUCGUUGAUCACCUCAACUCGCUGGUCGAUCUCCAAGUACUCGCGAAUGGCCGAGUACAAUGGGUCGAGACCGGGCUCGAUUGUCCAGAAGUAUUCUGGCUUAUCCAGCACGUUGGACGACAAGUUCACCUCGUUACGCUUCACGAUAAACGUGACCGGCGUCUGGGGCUGUUCCUCGUUGCUGUUGGACGACGUGAGCGAAACAAACAUCUCGGCGUGUUUGGUCAAGUCGGGCAAGUUGGCCCGUUUCUUAGACGAUGUCGACGACUUACGACGAGUCCCGUGUCCGUUUUUUUCCAAACGGUCAGACGACUCUGUGUCGUCGAUCGCAGACGUGUCGCUGGACUUUGAGGUCUUUUCUGCCUCUCCCGCCGAGUCACUAUCACGAGCCUCCUCCUCCAACAACAUGCUGUCGGUGGGACUGCUGCUGACGAAAAACUGGGGCUCGUACGGAUCAAACUCGUUGUUGUGCUGCUGUUCCUCCACGAGACUGCCAGCAGGACUCAUUUUCGGCGACCCGAUGCUUUGGACGUCUCCGUCCUGA